AAUUAAUCCCAAACUGCAGAUUGAUUGGUUGGUUGGUGAGGAGUUGGAUCAAUUGGAGCGACCAUGCUGAGCUCGUCGGCGUCGAGGCGGGAAGGCACGAGGAGCGGCGAGCUGAUGUCCCUCUCCAAGGCAGUCAGCCUCGCCAUCAGGCCAGGUGCUGCUGCUGCUGCUGAGAACAAGAGCAGCGAACUGGUGCAGCCCAGGACGGCCACGAAGGCGGCGGCGCGGGAGGCAGCGGCGGCGGCGGUGCACUAUGAGGGAUGGAUGGUCCGCUACGGCCGGAGGAAGAUCGGCAGGUCCUUCUUCCACACGCGCUACUUCGUUCUCGACAGCAGGCUGCUCGCUUACUACAAGAAGAAGCCCAAGGACAACAUGGUUCCUCUCAAGUCGCUGCUCAUAGAUGGCAAUUGCAGGGUGGAGGACAGAGGACUUAAAACACAUCAUGGACAAAUGGUUUAUGUCCUCUGCGUUUAUAAUAAGAAAGAAAAGGAGCACCAGAUCACGAUGGGCGCGUAUGAUAUUGAAGAUGCCUUGGCUUGGAAAAAGAAUAUUGAACUCAUCAUUGAUCAGCAGCAAGAAAAUAUGACUGCUAAAAACCGUAAGGCCUUCGCUUCAAUGGACUUUGAUAUGGAAUUAGGAGGGCAGUUCUUAUUUUCAGACCAUGACAGCGCAGCUGAAGAUGAAGAGGAGAGGCCUACGUUGAUCCGCAGGACAACUAUAGGGAACGGCCCCCCUGAAUCAAUACAUGACUGGACCAAAGAGCAUGAUAUUGGUUUAGCCAAUCAGACUGAUCCCAUUCAACUUAGCUCCAAGAAGAAUUGGCGCCUACUUAGAUGCCAAAAUGGACUGCGCAUCUUUGAAGAACUUCUGGAAUUUGAUUAUCUUGCAAGAAGUUGUAGCAAAGCAAUGCGAGCUGUUGGUGUAGUGGAUGCCACAUGCGAAGCCAUUUUUGGGCUGGUGAUGAGCAUGGAUGUAACAAGAUACGAGUGGGACUGCAGCUUUCGGUAUGGUAGUUUAGUUGAAGAGGUUGAUGGCCAUACAGCUGUACUGUACCAUAGGUUGCAGCUGCACUGGUGCCCAAUGAUAGUAUGGCCUCGAGACCUAUGUUAUGUUCGUUAUUGGCGGCGUAAUGAUGAUGGAAGUUAUGUUGUGCUGUUUCGAUCUACAGAGCAUCCAAACUGUGGUCGUCAACGAGGAUUUGUGAGGGCUUUUAUUGAAAGUGGAGGUUUCAAGAUCUCUCCUCUGAAAUGUCGCAACGGGAGACCCCGCACUCAAGUUCAACACCUAAUGCAGAUUGAUCUGAGGGGAUGGGUCCUCAACUAUUCUCCUUCCUUUCAGUAUCACUCUUUGCUGCAGAUACUUAACUGUGUAGCCGGUCUGCGGGAAUACUUCUCCCAGACAGAUGAUACACAUAUAAUUCCAAGGAUUCCUGUGAUGGAAAACAUGUUCGAUGCAUCUUCAGCACAAAAAGAUGGCAAGACUGAAGAAGUGGACUCAAAGACUAAACCAGCAGAUCAAGGACAAGCAGAUAGUAAAAAUAUGGGAAUCAUCGAUGAAGAAACAGACGAGGAUGAGGACUAUCAGGUUCCUGAAGCUAAUAUAGAGGAAGAUCCUAACAGAUCCGACAACAACGCUAAGCGUGCAGACGAGCCUCCAGAGAAGAUUGAUCUGUCAUGCUUUUCGGGCAUUCUUCGUUGUGAUCCGGAUGAGAAAAGCCGUAACUGUUGGACAGUCCCUGACAGCAAGCUGUUUAAAGUCCGUAGUAAGAACUUCCCGCAUGACAAAUCAAAGAUACCUGCAGCAAGUUAUCUGAUGGAGCUUGCGGCCAUCGACUGGUUUAAGGACAGCAAACGUAUGGAUAAUGUCGGAAGGCAGAAAGGCUGUGUUGCCCAGGUUGCUGCUGAGAAAGGGAUGCAUACAUUUGUAGCCAACAUACAGAUCCCGGGAUCAACCCAUUACAGCUUGGUGAUGUACUUCGUGACAAAGUCGUUGAAGAAGGGAUCGCUGCUGCAGCGGUUCUUCGAUGGGGACGACGAGUUCCGCAACAGCAGGCUGAAGCUUAUACCAUCAGUGCCCAAGGGAUCAUGGAUAGUGAGGCAGAGCGUGGGGAGCACGCCAUGCUUGCUGGGGAAGGCGGUGGAUUGCAGCUACGUGCGAGGGGCGGGGUACCUGGAGGUGGACGUGGACAUAGGGUCGUCGGCGGUGGCGAACGGGGUGCUGGGGCUGGUGUUUGGCGUGGUGACCACCCUGGUGGUGGACAUGGCGUUCCUCAUCCAGGCCAACACCUACGAGGAGCUCCCCGAGCAGGUCAUCGGCGCUGCUCGCCUCGCCCACGUCGAACCCUCCGCUGCCAUCCUCCCUCACGACCUUCUCGACGACACCGACUCUGCUGCUAAUGCUGCCUCCUCUUCUGAGGAUGAUCAUUCCUCCAAGAAAACCAACUAGCACUCAUUCUCUUAAUGUAUCCAUGCAUUUCCUUUUCCCCUUCUCCUCAACAUGCCGAUACUUUCGCUUCUUAUCACUGUAUUUUUUUUCUCCUCAACUCAGUCAACUGUAUUGUAGCCCAUGGCCCCUAUACUUUUUCCUUGGACCAAUUAAACGCCCUGUUUGUAGUGAAAGCAGACGAUGUAGCCCGUACUACACAUCACACAUCCACACUUUUGUAAAUCCAGCAUCAUUAAUUGUUAAUUCUAUAGAAAUAUAAAUAUUUCUUUCUAAUUUAUUUACUACAUUAAGGUUGAGUGAAAAAAUUUGAUGCU